AUGUCAUCGUCAGUUCAUUUCAAAUUCAAGUCCCAGAAAGAACCCUCGCGGGUCACCUUCGAUGGCACUGGUAUUUCCGUCUUUGAGCUCAAGCGCGAGAUCAUCAGCCAGAGUAGAUUGGGCGAUGGGACCGACUUUGAGCUGGAAAUCUAUGUUGAGGACACUGGAGAAGAGUACGACGAUGACACAACCAUCAUCCCCAGAUCCACCUCCGUCAUUGCCCGCCGACUGCCAGCGGCUCGCCCUGGUAAAGGUGGUGCGGCCCGCUAUGUCUCUGGUAAAAUGCCUGUCAAUGCUCGCAAUGCCUCCCGCACCGAACCGUCGACGAAUCGGGCUAUACCGGGGAUGGGCGGAUCAGUCAACAACAUGCUGGAGCUCAACAAUGCGCAGACAGAGGAGGAAAAGAUUAAUGCGCUCUUUAAUCUGCAAGCCAGUCAGUGGAAGGAGCAGCAGCAGGAGAUGGCCAAUGCGACCCCGGUGCCAUUCGGCCGUGGCAGGGGGAAGCCCGUCAAUGUCCCUGACCACCCUCCUCCUCCCGGAUAUCUAUGCUACCGUUGUCGAGAGAAAGGCCACUGGAUCCAAGCAUGCCCGACGAACAACGACCCCAAGUUCGACGGCAAAUAUCGGGUCAAGCGGUCCACCGGCAUCCCCCGAUCAUUACAGACCAAGGUUGAGAAACCGGAGUCUUUGGCGCCCGAUGGGUCCAACGACGACGCCAGGAACACGGGAGUCAUGGUGAACGCCGAUGGGGACUUUGUCGUUGCAAGGCCUGAUAAAGCAGCGUGGGAGCUGUACCAAGAAAAGACCAAGGCGUCUGCUGCGGCGGCAGCCGAGGCAGCCGCCGCCGAGGAGAGCAAGGCGCUCCAGGCUCGGGGUCUGGAAUGCCCAAUUGAUAAGAGGAUGUUCUUAGAGCCCACACAAACCCCAUGUUGUCACAGGACAUAUUGCAAUGAUUGUAUCUCCAAUGCCUUGAUUGAAAGUGACUUUGUCUGCCCCGGCUGUUCUACGGAGGGAGUCCUACUUGAUAACUUGACGCCCGACCAUGAUGCAGCCUCCAAAAUCAAAGCUUAUGAAGCGGAAAAGGCCGAGGCUAAGAAAGAGAAGGAAAAGCAGCCCCAGCCAGUGGCGGGACAGGAUGGUCUGUCGAUGAAUGGCACCUCUGCUGCUGAACAGGACUCCUCCAAAGAAGCCGGACUGAAGGAGCGGUCUCCGUCCCACCAAGAAGCAGACGACGCAUCCACACAAUCUAAGAAGAGGCCAGCCGAGGAGGCGCCAGAUCGCGAGACGAAUAGUGCGGACCCUGGUAAUGCACCAAAAAAACAAAAAAGCGAAGACCAGCCUGAAGCUUCUGCGGUCAAACACACCACCGCGGCGAAUAGCAAUCCCAAAGAGACACCCACCAACCCUGCGAACCCAGCUUUGCCAUUCAACCCGCAGCUGCCCUUCGGCGAUUUCGGCAUGAUGCCCCCAUUCUCCAACGGCGGCUUUGGGAACGACACAAUGCCAUUCAUGAACCCGAUGGGCAUGCCAAACGGCUUCCCCAAUGCGAUGGGGCCCGGCUGGAACCCGAUGAACAUGCCUUUUAACCCGCAAGCGGGCAUGUACGGGGAUCAGAGCACCGGGUUUCCGAACAUGUUCACUGGGGACCCGUCAAUGAUGUUCCCAAUGGGCCCGAUGGGCCCGAUGGGCGCAAUGCAGAACCAGAACGCUGGCUUCCAGGCCCCUGGGAUGAACAACUUUGCUAACCAGCAGCGGACUGCGUUCAGCGGGCCGUACUCGCGUGAAGAAGACUCGCCGUAUUUCCGGCAGCCUGUGAACCCGCAACGACAUCAGGCGCGGAAUCGGCGGGUACGACCAAGUGACUAUCGGGAGCUAUGA